AUGUCACCGGGGGAUAUUUUCUCUUGGAAACGCGGCGGGACGCUCGAAAAGUAUUGCGAAGCUUCCUCGCCGCUUAUGCCUCUAAUAAGACUUACUAUUGAUUUCGACGGAAUCAGCAGUAUGGAACAUAUAUCAGAUCAACCUUCCAACGAGGUAUCUUCUGUCAGUUUCCGUUAUAUCGUAGAGCAAAAGAAAACGACUGCCAAGUUCUCCGCGCAAUUUAAGAAUGGCUUCUUACGUCUCGUACUGCCGACCGGUCAACCAACCCCUAGAAUAUGGAACUCCACAAUGGACCUAUGGAACUGCCAUCGGCUCGAUGGGAUACUGAACUUUUGGUUUACGUCUGCUAGAGAGGUAUCUACUUCAUCGAACCGCUUCUGA